AAAAAGAAAAAGAAAAAGAAAAAGAGAAUGUUUGCGUUAUUAUUCCUCAGUAGAACAUACUCACAUGCCUCCACUUAGCUGCAAAAAUUCUCCACUUUCACUAGUAAGUCUCUCUCUCUCUCUCUUUCUUUCUGAAUGCAUUUUCAGCUUCCUGUUUGUUGAAAUUCCUUUUCUUCCAUUGAACAAGAACAUGGGUUCCAGAUUUUCAUCCCUGUGAAACUCCCUCUUUUCUUCUUCUGCCACUCUGCUGUUCUUUACUCUUCAGUUUUAGUUCAUGGCUCGAAAUAUUUAGGCUUUUAUAGAGCAUCAGAAGAAAUGGGUUUUACGUUUUAGCUUCCAUAACUGUAAGUAGUUUCACAGUUUAGUUUUAGUUCUGAGUUUGUUUUCACUCAUGGAGCUGAAAUGGGUUGUUACUGUUUUUCACCCCUGGAAACCCUCAGAAUUACAUACACUGCCACUCUUGCUCUUGAUAAUACUACCACUAUGUUCUUUUAACCUGUCUCAGUGUUUUGAUCUUGACCCAGAAGACAAAGCCUCACUGUUAUUGUUCAGGUCAUCCGUUAAAGACCCUGGCCAGAGCUUAGAAACCUGGGUUGGGCCAAACUGCACCAACUGGACCGGUAUUUCUUGUGAAAACCGGACCGGUCGGGUUGUUUCUGUGAACUUGGCUAACAUGAAUUUGUCCGGUAAAGUGCACCCUGGCUUAUGUGAACUGUCAUUUCUUGAAUACUUGAAAUUGUCUCAGAAUAACUUCAAUGGCACGAUUCCAACGUGUUUUGGUUCAUUGGGUAGUCUUAAGACUCUUGACCUUAGUCACAAUAGCUUUAGUGGCGUUCUACCUGAUGAUAUCGUGAGGCUUAGACAAUUAAGAGAACUUGUGUUGAAUGCAAACCGAGAACUGGGUGGCGUUUUGCCAUGGUGGAUUGGUAAUUUUUCCAGCAAUCUGGAAAAACUUGAUUUGAGUUCGAAUUCCUUUCAUGGGGAGAUACCUGAAAGCGUGUUUUACUUGAAGUCUUUGAAGCACUUGGAUCUUGGAGACAAUCAUUUAUCAGGCAAUAUUCAUGAGUAUUAUCAGUCACUGGAGUUUCUUAAUCUUGCUUCGAAUCAGUUAUUUGGUACUUUGCCUUGUUUUUCUGCUUCUACUCAGAGUCUUACAGUUAUGAUAUUGGCUAACAAUUCUCUUGUGGGAGGAAUACCUACUUGUAUUGCCUCGCUGGAAGCAUUGACGCACCUUAAUCUAUCAUUUAAUCACCUGAGCUAUGGGUUAUCUCCGAGACUUGUGUUUACAGAAAAGUUGCUUGUGUUGGACUUGAGUUUCAAUGAUUUAUCAGGUCCUCUUCCUAGCAAAAUUGCAGAGGCAACAGAAAAAUCGGGCCUUGUUCUUCUGGACCUCUCUCACAAUCACUUUUCUGGUAAAAUCCCAUUGAGGAUCACCGAGCUGAAAAGUUUGCAAGCAUUGUUUCUUUCUCAUAAUCUCCUUACAGGGGCAAUUCCAGCAAGGAUUGGAAAGUUGACCUAUCUUCAAGUAAUUGAUCUGUCGCACAACUUCUUAUCAGGUUCAAUUCCAUUGGACAUCGUUGGGUGCUUUCAGCUGCUUGCACUGAUGCUCAAUAACAACAAUAUUUCUGGUGAACUUCAACCUGAGCUUGAUGCAUUGGAUAGCUUGAAGAUAUUGGAUGUAAGCCACAACAAGAUUUCUGGUGAAAUCCCACUAACCUUGGCAGGGUUAAAAUCACUAGAGAUUGUAGAUCUUAGCUCCAACAACCUCUCUGGAACACUGAACGAUGCAAUUACCAAAUGGUCAAACCUCAAGUAUCUCUCCCUAUAUCAGAACAAAUUCAGUGGGAAUAUAUCCAGCUGGCUAUUCACUUUUGAAGCAAUCCAGAUGAUCGAUUUAUCUGGGAACAAAUUCUCAGGUGUCAUACCAGAUGGUAGCUUCAACAUUAGCUUCCACAAUAACAAUGGAAACAGUGAUAGAGCACCUAAAGAACCAUUUAUUGCAAUGAGAAAUGCUGAGAUAAAAAUUUCUGUCAUGGUCAUUGAUAGUAGUGAAUUAAGCUUCAAUUACAAGGUGUCUUCAACAGUUGGAAUUGACUUGUCUGAUAACUUGUUACGUGGUGAGAUUCCAGAUGUUCUAUUUGAAGCAGAAGGAUUGGAAUAUCUGAAUUUAUCUUAUAAUUUUCUCGAAGGUGAGCUUCCAAGUUUGGAGAACAUGUGGAACUUAAGGGUCCUGGAUUUGUCACAUAAUUCCUUAUCCGGCCAGAUCGCUGCAAACAUCUCAACCCUUAAAGAUCUGGUAUUCUUGAAUUUAUCAUAUAACAGUUUUUCAGGAUCUGUUCCUGAUGACCAGGGAUAUCAGAGAUUCCCAGGAGCAUUUGCUGGUAAUCCUGAUUUGUGUUUGGAGACCUCUGGUGAGGGUUGUGACAGAGCAAGCCUCCCUGCCGUGCCUGGGAAGACAUUUGAAGAAGUUGAGGGACCAAUAUUGGUUUGGGUGUUCUGUGUAAGUGCUUUUGUUAGUUUCUAUUUUGGUGUUGUGGCUCUCUUUUGUUCAGCUCGAGCAAGGAGUUACAUCCUCCAGACAAAAUUUUAAUGCAGUGAAGGCGUUCUUCUAUACAUUUACAUUUCUCUACUUUAGGGGGCUACUUUUCUUACUGAGAUUUAAACUACUGCUCAAAACAUUAGAAGGUAUGACAUCUCAAAGAUCAGAUUCUCUUUAUCCGGUAAUGUUUAAUCUAACACUUCUAUGUACGACAGCUUCUAUCUAUUAAGAUUUAAUGGCUUGAUGUCAA